AUGAUAGGAAAAUUGGGAGAUAAGAUUAAGGAUUACACUGUGUACGAAGUUCUCGGUAAAGGUGGAUUCGGAUGUGUGUAUAGAGCGAAAUGUCUUUCUACGGGAUGUUUUGUUGCAAUCAAAAUGAUCAACAAACAAAGGAUGCACUCGUCGGGAAUGGCUAAUCGGGUUCGGCAAGAAGUAGCGAUACAUUCGAAGCUAAAGCAUCCUUCUAUUUUAGAGUUAUACACAUUCUUCGAAGAUUUUGACCACGUUUAUUUAGUAUUAGAAUUAGCAGAAAAUGGAGAACUGCAACAGUAUCUACGUGAGCGGAACAAACCUUUCAGUGAAUAUGAAGCCGCAUUAAUCUUUAGGAAAGUGGUUGACGGAUUGCUAUAUUUACAUACGCAAAAAAUACUGCACCGUGACAUAUCGCUAUCCAAUUUGUUAAUAACAAAAGACAUGGGUAUCAAAAUUGCUGACUUCGGGCUUGCAACUGAACUGAUGCUGCCCGAUGAAAAACAUCAUACACUGUGUGGUACCCCAAACUACAUUUCACCGGAAGUAGCAUCACGUGCAUCACAUGGUUUGCCGGCCGACGUAUGGGGUUUAGGAUGUAUGUUGUACACACUGCUAGUGGGGAAACCCCCAUUCGACACCGAUGGAGUUAAGUCCACCUUGGCGAGAGUGGUAAUGUCUAACUAUAUCUUACCAGCUCACCUAUCUUCAGACGUGAGCGAUCUUAUUGGAAGACUGCUCAAGAAAAAUCCCACCGAGCGAAUCAAGCUAGAAGAAGUGAUCAGCCACCCUUUUCUUUCCCGUUAUGAUCUGGGAUCUAAAAUGUACGUUUCAAACAGUAUUAAUCAAAAGUUCACGUCCAGCACAGACAGUGGCAUGGGCACAAUAUCUAAUGCUAGUGCAUGCAAGUCGGAUUUGUUUAAGCUGUCUUGCAGCAACAGGUACAACGAUCAUACGAAUGAAAAUCAUUACUACGGACAAUAUAACUUAAAUCAACGGUUCCCCGAAAAAGUACAACAGCACGAAACAGGAAGCAUGCACUCUUAUCAAUUUCUGCCAGAACCACAUAUUUCAUUCCUGCAGAAGUUUAACAGUAUGGAGUUGGUGGAAAAAUAUAAUAUCACUGGUAAAAAUCUUACCGGUCAAGAAGGCAGAGUGCAUUUGUUAAGUUCAUCCAGGGCAUCCAUGAACACCGCCGAGGAUUUCCAAACUGGAGCACAAACUAGGAAUACUCAAAGUUCGUUUGCUAGAAGCGAUCACCAUCUAUUUGCUACUCCACUAAGAGUCCCGAAAGAAAAUGGCUACAUGUUUCGCGUGACAGAAAGUAUGCAACAGAAUAAUUCAUGCGACAAAGAAAGUAAUAUAACCAAAAAAUUGUCGCAAAACAAUAUUUGCUUGCCUCCUCGGUUUGACACGCUACGAUUAUUACCUACAAGACAUCGAACAAAGUUUGUAAUUCUAUCUAUCGUUGCCGAAUGUGGCGAAGUUGUGCUAGAAUUUCUUAAACCUAGAGGCCGACAGCAGGAAGAUCGUGUGGUGGACGUGUGUCGUAUAUCAGGCGAUGGAAUAAGAUUCAUGCUGUACCAGCCAAAUGGCAACCGAGGGGUGCCGAUCAAAAAUCAUCCUCCGGAAGUGCCAGCGGGAAGGAUAGAUUGUGUAUACAAUUAUGAAGAUAUUCCUGAAAAGCAUUGGAAAAAAUAUGUGUAUGCUGCUAGAUUUGUUAACAUGGUGAAGGCAAAAACACCCAAAAUUACGUUGUAUAGCGACAAAGCGAAAUGUCAAUUGAUGGAAACCAUUCGAGACUUUGAAAUUAUGUUUUACGACAAUACCAAAAUAAUACUGAGCUCAACAGAUGAUGAAAUCAAAAUGGUUGAUGGAAGCGGUAAGGUAUAUCGAGGAUUGUCAACCAUAUCAACGGCAGAUAUCGCAAAACUGGAUCAUUUCCAGGAAACACACGAACACUGUUUGAAGAUUGAAAAAAUGCUCUCGACCGUGUCACAUGGCGGGAAAACAUUUCCCGUAAUUAUUGGCAGACGUCCAGCCGAAACCGAUAGUAAUACUCCGGCAAAGAAAGAUAUGUCUAAGUACCGGUUUUAUUCAUUUAAUGUACACACAUGA